AUGCGCUUUGAUGUGGUCAGGGGCGGGUGCCGCAGCCGGGAGCGGGCGCCGCGGCCGGGGGCGGUGCCGCCGGGGGGCGGGCGGAGGGCGGGCCGGGGCGGGGCGCCGUCCGCUCGGCUCCGGGAGGCGGGCCCAGCGAGCGGGCGGAACUCCCCCCAACUUUCGAGGGGUCUCGCCGCCCAGCUUUUCUCCCCGCAGCGCCGGGCUCGCGGUCUUUGGCGGGGGCGGGGGGGGGGGGCGGCAGCGGCCCCGGGUCCCGGCAGGUUGAGCGAGGCCCCGACCCCUGGCCCCGCGAGCGCGGGACAGCGGGACGUCGGGGCGCAGGGUCCGGCCGCAGCUACUUCCCCGACCCCCGGCGGUGGCGACCCGGGCUCUGCGGUGCGGGAGGGCGCGGCCUGCGGUGGGAGGUGCCCUGCCCGCGGCUCGGCCCCAGCCCCGCGGAUCAGAGCUCAGGUGCAGACUCAACAAUCUCUGGUCACCGGAGAAGAUGGCUGUUUGCAGGACCCUGACCACAAGACCAUCCUUCUGGCCAGUCUGGCCCCUUGCUUUUUAGGCUCUGGUCAUCUCUCCAUACCAGCUGUCCCAGAGGCCAUUUUAGACGGCUGGGUUUGCUCAGGAGCCUCAGCGUUCUUCUGUCCAGGAGAAGGGACAGCGUCAAGGAGGACUCCAGCAGAGAACCCUGGGAGGUAUCUAGCAUGGAGAAGAUGCUCUCUUAAUGAUCGCCUCUCACCCCCUUCAGCUUUAGAGGCAGGCAUCGAUCCCAGGAUGGACAUGGAGAGUGCCCCUUGGAGGUUUUGCAGCAACUAUGGGGAAAGAGGCAUUUGUUUUUUGUGCGAUUUGCCAGGUUGAUGGAAUGGCUGGUCACCAUCCUGUUCUCUACUUGAGGUUGACGCCAACAAAGAAGAAAAAGCUCAGAGAUGGAGAGAAUAGGCUGUCUGGAUGUCAGUGAGCCCCUGGAUCCAGCCAUGCCUGAAGCUAACCACACCUCUGGAUUAACCUGUUUAUAUGAGCCAAUGCAUGUCUCUUUUGCUCAAAUCAUCCUGAGUUGGGUUUCUGUCUUAGAAAGGGUCCUGAUAAAUCAGUUCUGAGGUAUACUUGACAUGCCAUAAAACCUACCCAUUUUGUCUACUGCCAUUGAGAUAGAGAACAUUUCAAGCUCUGGGACCACCCCUGAUCUGCCUUGGUUGUAGAGAUUGAUUUUGUCUUUUCUAGAAUUUUGUAUAAAUAUGAUCGUUUAGUGU